AAUAAUACCCAACAAACUAUACUAGAUUCCCCCUUUUUUUUGAUUAUUACUAUUAUAUAUAGUGGGUACAUAUCCAUCCACACCUAUUUCUUUCUUUUACUCAAAUUGUAGUCUGAUCUCAACCAUGUUGAACAUUACUCCUUACAUAGCGAGGUAUGUUCGAUCCUUACAUGCCUGUUAUGAUCAUAUACCUAUUCCGUAUAGCCAUACUCAAUUCGGGGUAGUCCUUAUGGUGGACGUUGUUGGUUUCAGUGCUUUGACUACUCUUGCUACCGAGAAAGGUGAAUCUGGAGCCGAAGCAAUAGCUCUAGAAAUUGGUGCCUACAUGGGUGAAUGUAUUGAAAUCAUAGAACAUUAUGGUGGUGAUGUGGUCAAGUUUUUGGGUGAUGCCGUUUUGGUUUGUUUUCAACCCGAUUUUGCCGACAAAUCAAUAGAUCAAACCGACAUUACCUCACGACACAAACAUGUCCUUGUACGACGAGCAAUGGAAUGUGGCAUGCAAUUACUGGCUAGACAAUCUCAUUAUCGAGUUUAUUUGACGGCUGAGGAACGUUCGAAACAUCGAUCAUCAACAACAGGAGAAAUCGAUAGGCGCACAAGGAAUAUCUUUGGUCAACGUUUUUUACUCUUUGACAGCGGCAGUGAUAGUGAUAAUCAACCUUCUUCAUCAUCAUCAUCUUCUUCGGCUGGUAGUCUUCCUUUGAAUAGUUUGCAGAGACCUGAUAUUUUUGAUUCUAAUCAAGAAUAUUCCAUGGCUUUUGAUAUUUGGGACUGUAUACCAUUUAUCAAGAAUCGUAGACGACGAAUGUAUGAUCGACGGACAAGUAUCUCUAGUGAUGGGUCUAGUAGUAUGAAUUCCAUUGAUUUAGAACUUCAUAUUGCUCUUUCUUGUGGUGAUAUCUCCAAUAUUAUUCUCGGUGAUAUGAAUGACAAUCCUUCCAACAAUGACGACAAUAAUACAUCACGAUCUCAACCGAUUUCUCAACAAGAUGAUGAAUUAUCGCCCAUCAGCAACAAUCGUAUAUCAUUGAAUUCAUUUCUAUCUGGCGAUGGAGAUGAAUCCAGCGAACAACCUCUACCUUAUAACGGAAGAUUAGAAUAUGCCAUCUGUGGACCAGCUGUAGAAGCCUUGGAAUCUGUUCUUUCUAUCGCCAAAGCUGGUGAAAUGUGUCUCACACCAAAUGCAUUUGAUCUGGUCAAACAUCAUAACAUUCCUUUCUCAUAUGAAAAACGAAAACGGUUUUAUAUCAUAAGAAGUACACCUAACAACAAUGCUGCCUCUCUUUAUGGAUCUACUUUACCAACAAGAACUAUUGGACGUCAUUAUCAACAACAACAAUUUUAUCAUAAUCCCAUUUACACUACUAUCAAGCCAUCCCCAUCUUUUGGACUCUCCCGUAACAACAACAUCUAUGACCGACCUCAUCUCAAACAACAAGCACAACAAUUGUCUAUCGAACCUCUUGUUCCUCGUACGCGUAAUCCUCCUAUUAUUAUUACUACUAAUGGUGGUGGUGGUGAUGAUGCAUCGAAUCCAACCUAUUUGAAAUAUAUCAAUCGCAGCGCUCUUCAUCGAUUACAACAAGGUGUCAAUGACAGCUUUCCUGCCCAAUUUCGUGAUGUGACCAUCAUGUUUGUCAGUUUAGGUAAACUCAACCCUGCCACUCCUGAUGGUUUACAAAAGGCUCAACAAGCUGCUGAUAUAUGUAUAAAAACACUUGUCAAAUACGAAGGUACUUUACAACAAUUUGCUGUGGAUGAUAAAGGGGCUACACUUUUAGGUGUGUUUGGAUUACCACCACUUUCACACGAACGAGAAGCAAUAUUUGCCGCCAAAGCCGCCAUUGAACUGCGUGACUCAUAUCUUCCCAUCUUGUCUGAUUUCUCCAUUGCGUUAUCCACAGGUACGAUCUUCAACUCCGUUUUACCUCAAGGCUGUCCUUACCGACGUGAUCCUGCGAUUGCUGGUGAUACCAUUAUUCUGGCAGUACGGAUGCUUAAAUUUUCAUUUGCUGUUCGAAAUAUUGUAUGUGAUUUUGCAACGAAACAACAGAUCGGCACUCUCUGCGACUACGAAGAUUAUGGAGAAAAUAUGGUCAAAGGUAAAAUCAAACCUAUUAUGAUCUAUGGGAUUCGUAAAUUUGGCGUUGGAAAAACAAAACGUAUCUCUCAGCAAGGCAUUGACAAAGCAAAUAGUAACAACAGCAACUAUAAUAACAGCAAUAACAAUAGUAACUCGGAUUUUAUUGGCUACAAGUUGGAAAUGGAAAGAGCCACUCGGUUCUUGGAUGAUUGGAGCGAAGGUCAUAAUCAUCAUCUUUUGAUUAUCUCGGGACCAUCUGGUGUAGGCAAGAGCUUCUUUUGUCAUGCAUUGAUUAAGACAAUGUCAUCUUACAAUUUUACUUGCUGUUGGUCCUCUUCUACUGAAGUUGAACGAAGUUCCAAGUACUAUUUGGUCAAGCAUCUACUACUCUCUUUGUUUGAUAUUAUUGACUCGGAUAAAGUGCCUCAAAAUACAAGAAAGCGAUCAUCACCUCUCAAUCAUUCUGGAACUCAUACUGCUAAUGGAUCUACAAGUUCUCCUCAGGUGGAUUCAUCACCUGCGUCAUCGAUUUCCUCCAUUCCCUGUCCUACCAAUAGCUCGACUAAUAACAAAGAUCGACUUCAUCGAUUAACAACAUAUUCAUCCAUGACACGAUCAUCCUAUGGAGCCUUCAGCACGCAAAGUCCGGACGCAGCUAACGAAAUUCUGGAACUUAUCCUUCGAUGUCUUCGAAAAUGUGGGGAAGAUGAUGGAUUUUUACCUUUAUUCAAAGUAAUUUUUGGUUCUUUGGAUGAAAUGGAAGAAAACAGAUAUACUCGUCGUUUGGAUAGUCGUGGACGUGAUAUUUUAUUGACAGGUGUGAUUACUCGUAUGGUGAAAUAUGUCUCUGAAAUCAUUCCUAUUGUUCUUAUAUGUGAUGAUGUUCAAUGGGCUGAUUCUGCAUCUAUUCGAAUUUUACAAUAUAUUCAUGAACAUUGUCAGCAUGCUUUACUUAUACUUGCUACUCGACCUAUCAAGGAUUAUAAUGUUACUUUUAUCAACAACUUUUGUCAAACAGGCGCUUCUGAAGAAAUUACCUUGAAUGGAUUGGAUUCAGAUGAUAUUGUCGACAUUAUUUUGCAAAUGCUCAAGGCAGGUGUGACCAGAGUGAGUCCGGAAAUUGUGCGUGUGAUUCAGAAACGUACAGGUGGAAAUCCUCUCUAUGUCAAGAACAUGGCCAUCGUUCUCAAGGAUUUUAAUCAUGUCACAGUACUAGAAGGUGAAUUGGUACCAAGUAGUAAUCGAUUCGACCCCAAGGAUUUAUUACAAAAUUUAGACUAUAAGCGUAUUAUCAAAAUGCAAUUUGACAGAUUGGAUCCAAACUUCCAAGAAUUUCUUACGAUUGCCAGUUGUUUGGAUCAAUACUUUACAAUAUACGAAGUGGAAGCUAUGAUCAAAGGAAGCAACGUCAUAUUUCAAGAGAAUGAUCCUCACACUAUCAGGGAAACCAUUGAAAAAUACGAUUCGUAUCACUUUUUACACCAAGUCGCUGACAUAAGUACAAAUACCACCAGUAGCAACAACUCUAGUACCAACAGCAGCAACAAGAAUGGAAUCACCAACGUCAAUAAUAUGAACAACAUGAAUAAUCCUAUGGUCAACACUGAUGAAAUGUACGCCUUUGCUCAUAUUACCAUUCCCAAAAGUAUCUAUGAUAUGGUUUCUUAUGAAACGCGCAUUACACUUCACCGAUUACUUGCAAAAUAUUACGAAGGACAACUGACCAAGGAAAAUUACCCUGAACUAUUAGGCAAAGUGGCACGACAUUAUCUACAAACGGACAAUCUCGAAAAACAAUUGUACUAUUUGGAAGCUUUGGCUGAUCUUAAUAUCCGGUCUUAUUUGUUACCUGAAGCAACAAGCAAUUUGGAAAGCAUGGUCAAGAUCUUGAAUGAAAAUCCUAAUAUCGCCUAUCGAUUUGGAAGGAUCCAUCAAAGUGAUAUUUAUCGUCGACUGGGUGUAUGUUUUACUAUGCGAACACAACUGAGUAUGGGUGAACGAUAUCUAUUGAUGGCUUUAGAAUGUCUUGGAGAAAGUUGGCCACAAACUGAACCGGAAUUCUUGUAUAAAUUUUGGAAGCAACGUUUUGCACAGUAUCAAAAUCGACGAUGGCGUCUGGUGUGGAAAUCAAAUAGCUACAACAAGAAACAAACUGGUCAUCGAGUGGUGGAAAUCAUGGCUCAACUAUCCAACAUUUACUUUUAUACUGGGAAAGGAAGAGCUUUUGUCUAUACUUGUUUGGUUGGUUUGAAUGCAUGCGAACGUCUGGGUGAAGUAGGACCGAAUUACACUCUGUUUUUGGCACGUACAUCGCUCUUGUGCUGGCUCAACGAUCAAAAACAACAUAGUAUUUUCUACAUCACCAAGGCUUUACGACAUAUGGACGAAAAGAACGAUGCUGGUACACUGACGAUAUGUGCUCUUUUAUGUUUUGCAGCUGGGAAAUUCAGAAAUGCCAAGGAAUUAUUGUAUCAAUCGAUUGAUGCGGUGAAAACUCUGGGUGUAGUAACGGAUUGUCAAGCUUUCUAUCGUUCUGUGGGACUAGUCAUUACAAUGAUGAUAUUUGAAGGAACAUUGGACCAAUCACCAGAUGGAUUAGCACUUCUCAAGCAAAUGGCGGAUACGGCACAUAGCAAUGGCGAUUAUGAGGCCGAAAUUUGGUUAGGCGUUUAUCAUGUUGGCAAUGCUAUUGUUACGGAUCGAUUAAGAGAUUGUGAACCUUUUGUGGUCCUAUUGGAACAUCAUCUCAAGCAAGCAGCUGAUUAUAAUAGGAUUGCUAUCCAUGGUACAUUGUUAUGUUACUAUGCAAGAUGUCAAAAUUAUGAAUUAGCAAGACGUCAUACUCGACAUUUGGUUUCCAUUCUACCAUCUCUUACUGUCACACCAAAUAUCUUUCCUAUCUUUGGACUUAUUUUUGCCACGAUGGGAUUAUAUUGUAUGGUAGAGGACGAACAAGUAGAAUUAGUGACAACAGAAGAUACAAAGAAUUAUGAACGAUUCAUUUUAGGCAUUGCACGACUCAAUCAUGCUUUCCAACAAGUCAAAUUUUGGGAAUUUACUCAACCUUGUCUUUAUCUUGCUCGGGCUUUACCUUAUAUCAGUACAGGACGAACAGUAGAAGGAUAUAUGGUCCUUCGUCAUGGUAUCUAUGAAAUGCACUUUAUUCAAGAAAUCCGAUUCCUCAAGGCAUAUUAUUGGGCAAAUAUGGGCAAGUAUGCAUUUACACCAAGAGAUCGUAUUGACUGGACAGAACGAGCAAAAACUGAUCUUGAUGCUCUUAGUAUUCCUUCCAAUGUGUAUAUCAAUCCUGAUCCUGCCAAAUUUUACUCUCAAGGCACCCCUUCUUCUGAAUAAUGUACCUCACUUAAUAAUAUUUUUUCUCAUAUUUUUUCUUAUUAGUUUAUAUCAUGCAUUACUUUACUAUUUUUUUUUUAAUCUUUAUUCAUCAUCCUCUCUAUUAUUCACUUUAUCAUUUUUUUUUUUGUUAUAUUGAUCAUUACUAUUAUUUAUUAUUAUUAUUAUUAUUAUUUCCAUCCUAUUUAACUGGUUUAAAUGAUGGUUUGUUUAGUUUCUUUAAUA